GACACCCACAUGCAACUCGGCCCAUUGGCAUUGGACUCCUCUCUUUAUUUGGAGAACCACUAAGAGUGCAAUCACCAGUGUGUCCACAAUAUUGAAGAGUAGCCUACGCUGCGAAAUGGAUUUGCAUGAAGGAGCCGCACACGGACAUGGUGAGGGUGUUUUAGACUUGUCGCGUCUGAAUUUGAACACUUUGAGCUUGGUCGAGAUCAGCGAGGAGCGAAAGAUGGGCACCAAGCAGUUGUAUCUAAGCUUCAACCGACUGCCCUCGCUUCCCGGAUCGGUUUGCAUGUUCUCCAACCUCGAAUUUCUUGACAUUAGCAACAACGGACUAUCGGUAAUCUGUGAAGGCAUUACUUGGUUAACGAAGCUCAGAACACUAAUAGCCAAGAACAACCGUCUGGACGAAUUCUCGCUUCCCAAGGAGUUCGGGUCUUUGCCGUUGGAGGUGUUGAAUCUAAGUGGCAAUAGGUUUGAGGAGAUGCCAGCGCAGUUCCUAAAGUUGCAGCGGCUACAAUCACUUUCCCUGGGGGGAAACAGGCUCCAAAGUAUUCCUGCAGAAAUUGAGAAUUUAACCAGUCUUGAGAUGCUGUAUUUGGGUGGUAACCUGAUCACCUCUAUUCCUCCUGAGCUGGCCAACCUGCCCUACCUCAGCUAUCUGGUCCUGUGUGACAACCGCAUACAAGGUGUACCCCCGCAGCUCACCAGGCUCCACUCCCUGCGCUCCCUGAGUCUCCAUAACAACCUGCUGACCUACCUGCCCCGGGAGAUCCUCAGCCUGGUGCGCCUGCAGGAGCUCAGUCUCCGUGGCAACCCCCUAGUGGUGCGCUUUGUCAAGGAGAUGACCUACGACCCCCCAUCACUGCUGGAGCUGGCGGGUCGUACCAUCAAGAGCCGGAACGUUCCAUACUCGUCCUGCGACAUGCCCUCUCACCUGUUGCACUACCUAGACCUGGCCAGCAAGUGUCCCAAUCCUAAGUGUGCCGGCGUGUACUUUGACUCGUGCGUGCGCCACAUCAAGUUUGUGGACUUCUGUGGGAAGUACCGGCUGCCCCUCAUGCACUACCUGUGCUCCCCAGAGUGCACUUCACCCUGCAGCUCCAACCCCCAGAGCGACGCCGAGUCAGAGGAUGAAAUCAGCGUGCCCGCCUACCGCCUGCAGAGGGUGCUGCUGGGAUAGCAGGAAGUGGAAGGGCCUCCAGUCCUAACCAUAUCAAUAGCCUCAGAACCCGUCUUUCUCUCUGUGACUGGACGGUACUGUAGGGAAGAAAUCUAACCCCUCUGGUCUCGUGUGUGUUUGAUGCAAGACACUAGAUGCACACGCACAAAGACAUACCCUCACACACAAACACACUCACUUGUGAGAGAUAUCCGGUUGUCAAUGUGGACCUAAACCAGGACAAAUGUCUUUAGGUGGGUAUGUCCCCUGGAACCCAUUGACUCAGUCACUUUAGCCAUCUAAAACGACAAAUGAUGGGAGGGAUCUUACCUCUAUUUCUCAGUAACACUACAGAUCACUGAUGCCUUCAGACUUUGAGCAGUGCCUUUAACAGAUGAAGCAUUUCACUCCAUUCCUGAUGGUUUCAUGGGUAAACAUAGGAGGGCAGUAGAAACCAGAAUUUUGCCAACUCGCUAUGUGAGCUAUUGAAAGGUUUUUAAUGAUUUUAGAACACUAUCACACCAUUCCUUAGAGUCAGGUUAUGAACAAUUCAUGAUUUCUAAUUGCCUGAAAACAGGAAGUGUGUGCCCCGGUUCUUUGUAAAAGCUUUGUUUUUCUCUCACACACAGGAAGUCUAUCUAGGACAGGCAGAGGAGUGUGAAUAGUCUCCUGAAAGGAGAAAAUCAAACGUAUCUGACAAGAUGCAAUGAAUGUUUGUAUUUCCAGCUCUUGGUUUUCUCUAAAUUUAUUUAGACAACUUCUCCAGAAGGUAUAUGUUUAAGGUUUACCGGAAGAAUAAUACAGUAGCUGGCCUUUCAAUAAUGCUGGUCUAUUGUUACAGUAUCAUGGAGAAGUGCUUUUGAAUGUAUGUGUAUAUACCUUAUUGAAGAGAGAAGGAAUUCUAGAAAGAAAACAAAGUGAGAAAAGAACAAAACAAACAUUUUUCUUGUACCCUGAAUUAUGUAACAAUUCACUUUUUUUUAUUUUCUAUUUAUGAUCCAAUAAAACUUUACUUGACA